CCCGCGUCCUCGAUCAAACGUCCGUUCCCCACCUCUCGGGUGAUCGGGUCAGGUCAGCGGGCGCCGGGCGGCGGCCACAGGCGUCGCUCUUUAAAUAGCCCCGGCAGGCCUCGCCGGCUCUUCAGUUCAGUCUCGGCUGGACAUCGACUUGGGCAAGGAAUAGCUUGGUGCUCUAAAUAUAAACUUAAAAAUGGUCAGCGGGAGGCCUGUGAGCGGUGAAUUGGAUGCGUGGUUCGAGAGCCUCAUGGUAUCCUCAGGCAGCCAGAGGGGGCACGCUGAAAGUGGUGGCCCAUUGCCGACAUUAUCAGGAUGGAAGGACCUUCCAGUGGAGCUACUGUUGAGGAUAUUAUCAACUAUUGGAGAUGAUAGGAUGGUCAUCGUGGCAUCUGGUGUUUGCACAGGCUGGCGUGAUGCCCUGGGAUGGGGGGUCACUAGGCUUUCCCUCUCAUGGUGCAAGCUGAACAUGAAUAAUUUAAUGAUAUCUCUUGCUCCCAAGUUUACAAAGUUGCAAGUUCUCACUCUUCGGCAAAACAAACCUCAGCUUGAAGACAGUGCAGUAGAGGCUGUUGCCAACUACUGUCAUGAUCUCCGAGAGUUAGACCUCAGCAGAAGCUUCAGGCUUAGUGACCGCUCCUUGUAUGCAUUGGCCCAUGGAUGCCCGUGGCUUACAAGAUUGAACAUUAGUGGAUGUUCCAAUUUCAGUGAUACUGCCUUGACUUACCUUACUUGUCGCUGUAAAAACCUGAAGUGCUUGAAUUUGUGUGGAUGUGUGAAGGCUGCUAGUGAUAGGGCUUUGCAGGCCAUUGCUCAGAACUGUGGGCAGCUGCAAUCUCUGAACUUAGGCUGGUGCGAUGAUGUUACAGAUAAGGGAGUGACCAGCUUAGCGUCAGGGUGUCCCGAUCUCAGAGCUGUAGACUUGUGUGGUUGCAUUCUUAUAACAGAUGAGAGUGUGGUUGCUCUUGCCAACGGAUGUCCACACCUGCGAUCUUUAGGUCUUUACUUCUGCCAGAAUAUCACGGACCGUGCAAUGUACUCCCUCGCAAACAGCUGCAUGAAGAGCAAGCGCAGGAGGUGGGACGCCGUGAAAGACGGGCUCGCAAACCUCAACAUUAGCCAGUGCACAGCCCUGACGCCCCCAGCGGUGCAGGCGGUCUGCGACUCCUUCCCAGCACUCCACACCUGCCCGGAGAGGCACUCCCUCAUCAUCAGCGGCUGCCUCAGCCUCACUUCGGUCCACUGCGCCUGCGCCCUGCACCCUCACCGCGCAGGGCGAGCCCUGAUGCUUAACCAUGCGUACUGAUCAUGUUGUGGCUUUGCGCGCAUGGUUCUCAUGAACAACCGGUGUUUGCCUGGUGGUGGUUCCGUGCUCCCCGCCUAGAGGAAGUUUUCUCUGUACAUAAACUCUGGAACUUGGUGUAAUAAGAGACUGCUAUGGUAGGACUGUGUGAGAUAAUCUUGGAGUGGGGAUUAUGGAGAGUUGCGUGUACUCCAAUGCCACCCAGGACAAUGACUAGAAAUGUUGUGGUAUCUAGUGCAUUUCUGUUGGUUCUUGUGUAUCGAUUUCA